CAUAUUUCUUCCUCCUUCUUCGCCUUCCUUAAAACUCUCUCCAAUGGCCUCUUUUCUCAUUACCCUACAUUUUCUAAUCUUUACACUUUGCACCCUUGUAAAAUCCCAAUCAAAUCUCUGCAGGACCUCUUGUGGCGACACACAAAUCAACUACCCUUUUGGCAUAGAUGACGGCUGUGGCAGCCCCUACUACAGAAACAUCCUCGUAUGCUCCGAAUCCAACCACCUCGAACUCAGAACCCCAUCAGGAAAAUACCCAGUUCGUAGAAUCGAUUAUUCAGAUCCUCACAUCCUCGUGACAGAUCCUUCCAUGUGGAACUGCCAAGACGCUACCCAUUUCAGACCCCCUCGACCCUUUAGCCUCGACACAAGCAUCCACUUCUCACUUUCCCCACAAAACGACUAUCUUUUCUUCAACUGUAGCGAAAAAGACGUGAUCGUGGAGCCUAAACCGGUUGUUUGUGAAAGGUUCCCUGAUAGAUGCGACUCGACGUGUGAUAGCGCUAGCUAUUUGUGUAGACACUUACCUGAGUGCACACAUGCAUUAGGUGGUAGCACUUCGUGUUGUUCAUAUUAUCCAAAAGCCACUGAGUCGUUAAGAUUGAUGUUGAAGUAUUGCGAGACUUAUACUAGUGUGUAUUGGAGGAAUUUAGGAGAGUCACAAACGUAUAACACACCCCCGGAGUAUGGGAUUAGGAUCGACUUUGAUAUUCCUGUUACUACUCGGUGUUUGCAAUGUCAGGAUGGAAGUAAGGGAAGUGGUACGUGUGGGUUUGAUGUUGGAACACAUGAUUUUUCGUGCUUAUGUGAUCAUGGAAAUGUUACUACUUAUUGCAAAGAUCAUUCUCAACAUGGGAAGAGUAAUCGAGUAGUUGCUGGGACUGCAACGGCAGUUUCGGUGGCCGGAGCAAUUGGAAUAGGGGCAGGGGUGUGGUACUUUAGAAAAGUGAAAGCUCAAGCACCAGUCACACAUGGAGUUCAAAGCAAUGAGAAUAGGCUUUUUUGAUUCUUCAAUACAUUUAUUACUUUAUAUUAUUCCUACAAUAUAUUUUAUAUGGUUCUUUUUUCUUUUUCUUUUUGAUCUAAAUCGCUGUGUCAUAUUGGUG